GCGGCGGAGCAGCACAUCAAGCGGCCCAUGAACGCCUUCAUGGUGUGGUCGCGGAUCCAGCGGCGCAAGAUCGCGCUCGACAACCCCAAGAUGCACAACUCGGAGAUCUCCAAGCGGCUGGGCGCCGAGUGGAAGCUGCUGACCGAGUCGGAGAAGCGGCCCUUCAUCGACGAGGCCAAGCGGCUGCGCGCCAUGCACAUGAAGGAGCACCCCGACUACAAGUACCGGCCGCGCAGGAAGCCCAAGUCCGGCGGCGGCGGCGGCGGCGGCUGCGGCGGCGGGAAGCCCGGCUGCCAGCCCGGGGGCAGCGGCGCGCAGGCCUUCCCCUCCUUCCCGCUGCCGCCCUACUUCACCGCGCCGCCGCUCGACGUGCUCUACCCGUCGCCGUACUUCGGCCACCACGCCGCCGCCGCCGCCGCCGCCGCCUUCGACCACCUGUCCAAGAUGUCGUCCGGCGGCGGCGGGGGCGGAGACUCCGCCUCCAAGCCGGGCGACGCCGUCGUCAGCUCGUUCUACUCGUCGCUGUACCCGGCCAAGGCGUACCAGCCGCACUUCGGCGCGUUGUUCCAGCCGCCCCCGGGGCUGCUGUUCGGCCGCCAGAGCCCCGGCAACGACGUGUCCGCCCCCGCCGCCCCCGCGCUUGACCUCGACCAGCUGAGGAGGCCGGUGUCCGUCAUCUACUAA